AACAUAAUUCCUUCAUUCACUCGGUGUUUUUGAGCUGCCAUUUUGCUUUCAAUUUCUUUCUUAACACAUUUAGAUCUCAAAUUUUACACGUAAAUAUUUGCGUUUUACAAUAAAAUUGUGGUAAAAAAGUGAACAGAAGUGAAAGCAGCAAUUUAAUACAAAGAUGGCAGCAAGCGAUUCCAGUACAGAUGAGUCAUUAUACCCGAUUGCGGUUCUGAUUGACGAAUUAAAAAAUGAAGAUGUCCAACUAAGAUUGAAUUCCAUCAAGAAGCUAUCUACGAUUGCUUUAGCCCUCGGUGUGGAGAGAACCAGAUCCGAACUGAUCCCUUUCCUGACGGAGACCAUUUACGAUGAAGAUGAAGUGCUACUGGCGCUCGCGGAGCAACUUGGCAACUUCAUCAGCCUCGUUGGUGGUGGUGAAUUCGCGCACUGCCUCCUCCCGCCGCUCGAGUCACUGGCGACCGUCGAGGAGACGGUGGUGCGAGACAAAGCGGUGACCUCCUUGAGGGCGGUGGCUGCACAUCACACCCCUCAGGCCCUGGAGCAACACUUCGUGCCACUAGUACAGCGGCUCGCUGGCGGCGACUGGUUCACUUCACGCGCAUCCGCUUGUGGACUCUUCAGUGUAUGCUAUCCGCGUGUAUCUGCUCCCGUAAAGGCGGAACUGCGUCAGCAUUUCUGCUCGCUGUGCCAGGAUGACACGCCCAUGGUUCGCCGCGCGGCCGCCUACAAGCUAGGUGAAUUCGCUCGCGUCGUUGAAGUCGAAUACGUGAAAAGCGACCUCAUUCCUAUGUUCGUUACUUUGGCACAGGAUGAACAAGACUCGGUGCGAUUGCUAGCUGCAGAGGCCUGUUCCGCUGUGGCCGCUCUGCUCCCACCCGAGGAUAUGGAGCAGCUAGUGAUGCCUACAGUCCGGGCCAGUGCUGGUGACAACUCGUGGAGAGUCAGAUUCAUGGUUGUUGAUAAGUUUGUAGAGCUGCAGCAAGCUGUGGGACCUGAGCUGACGCGUUCCGACCUGGCCCAGAUCUUCCAAGCUCUGCUCAAGGAUACAGAGGCGGAAGUGCGUGCGGCCGCUGCCGGCAAGGUAAAAGACUUCUGCAAGAACCUAGAUAAGGCACACCAGGAACACAUCAUUAUGACAAUGAUCCUACCUCAGAUAAAGGACUUAGUAUGCGACCCAAACCAGCACGUCAAGUCUGCCCUAGCCUCCGUUAUUAUGGGACUCAGCCCUAUCGUGGGUAGACAGAACACCAUCGAACAUCUCCUACCACUGUUCCUCACCCAGCUCAAAGAUGAGUGUCCUGAGGUACGACUGAAUAUAAUAUCAAACUUGGAAUGCGUCAACGAAGUAAUCGGUAUCCAGCAAUUGGUACAGUCCCUCUUGCCAGCAAUUGUGGAAUUAGCUGAAGACACAAAAUGGCGUGUGAGACUGGCCAUUAUCGAGCAUAUGCCGCUACUAGCCGGCCAGCUCGGACAGGAGUUCUUUGACGAGAAACUAACAGGACUGUGCAUGUCCUGGCUAAUAGACCACGUAUACGCGAUCCGUGAAGCCGCCACUCUCAAUCUGAAGAAGUUGGUCGAACAGUACGGCUCCCAAUGGGCGGAGACAAACGUCAUUCCAAAAGUCCUGGCCAUGUCGCGCGAACAAAACUAUUUGCACCGUAUGACGUACCUGUUUUGCAUUAAUGUCCUCUCCGAAGUGUGCGGCAAGGAUGUAACGACGCGUGUAUUGCUACCCACAGUAUUGUCUAUGGCCGACGACAAUGUUGCCAACGUUAGAUUCAAUGUUGCCAAAACACUGCAGAAAAUGGCGCCAUUCUUAGACACGGCUGUUAUCCAGCCACAAGUGAAGCCGGUCCUGGAGAAAUUGAACGUGGACCCCGAUGUAGAUGUGAAGUACUUUGCGUCCGAAGCGAUCGCUGGUAUCGCGGGCUAAGUCACAAAUUUAUAGUGAAAUCUUAAAUCGUCAGCAUUUGUAAAACUUGUAUGGUUACUUUUAUAUUCCUCAAACCGCAUUUUCAGCCAUGUGUUUAAUACAUACAAAAUAUAAAUUCAUUAUAAAUAUCAAGUUGUAUACAUGUUUCAUAUAUACAACACAAUUUAUACAUGUAUAUAAAACAUAAUUGUCAUAUUUUGGAGAAAAUUGGGAGUUAUAAUUAAGGUUUCUCGUUACAAAAUGUACUGU